GAAAAAGUAUUGGAACGUUGCCGUCCGUCCACUCGUUCUCAAGGCGAAGGGAAGAUGUAUCGCUGCGGCUCCUCCUUUUCGCGAAUUUCCUCUCCUUCCUACAGAGCCGUUAAGCAUGCGAGAGGACGGGGUGUCGACAAAGUUAGCUCCACCAGACAGUAUGCUAACCUACCCUUCAAACCACCUUCGAUGAAUGAGCUGCCAGUUCCUCAGGGCUCAUGGACUCUACGAAAUCAAAGAAAACAGAAAACCUAUAAUUUGCAACUGGCAGCAGGUCUUGGGUUCACUGGAUUCACAUUGUUUGUUGCUAAACAGAGUGGACUGAUAGAGUUUGGUUGGGGACCUGGUAAGGUGAGCCUCCCAAAGGAGGUUGUAGAAGAAGUAGCAGAGGAAGAGGCACCAGCUGAAGAAGCCACUGAAGAAGCUGCUGAAGAGGCUCCUGCUGAGGAGGCACCAGCUGCACCAGCUGAAGAGGCUCCAGCUGCACCUGCCGAGGAAGCACCAGCUGCACCUGCCGAGGAGGCCCCAGCUGCACCUGCCGAGGAGGCCCCAGCUGCGCCUGCCGAGGAGGCACCAGCUGCGCCUGCCGAGGAGGCACCAGCUGCGCCUGCCGAGGAGGCACCAGCUGCACCUGCCGAGGAGGCACCAGCUGCACCUGCCGAGGAGGCACCAGCUGCACCUGCCGAAGAAGCUCCAGCUGCACCUGCUGAGGAAGCACCUGCUGCUCCUGCAGAAGCCCCAGCUGCCACAGCAGAAGUCCCGGCAGCUGAGCCCACCGAAGCCCCUGCAGUAGAGAGUGUGCCUGCAACACCUGAGCCAGCAGUUGACGUUUCUUCAAAACCUGAAGCAGAACCUGCUAUAGAAGAAGUAUCUGUUGUUGAAACAGCCCUUAAAUCUGAGUCAGAACCAGCUGUUGAAGCUGCUCCUGCAGCUGAAUCAGAACCACCUGUUGAAGUAGCUCCUGCAGCUGAAACAGAACCGGCUGUUGAAGCAGCUCCUGCAGCUGAAACAGAACCGGCUGUUGAAGCAGCUCCUGCAGCUGAAACAGAACCGGCUGUUGAAGCAGCUCCUGCAGCUGAAACAGAACCUGCUGUAGAAGCAGCUCCUGCAGCUGAAACAGAACAUGCUGUAGAAGCACCUCCUGUAGUUGAAUCAGAGCCUUCUGUUACUGAAUCAGAACCUGUUGCUGAACCAGCUCCCAUAAUUGAAGCAGAACCUGCUGUUGAAAUAUCUGACCAGGGUAAAGCAGAUGUUGCUGAACCAGUUGCAACCGAAGCAGAACCUAGCACUGAAGUUGCUACCUCAGUAGAGCCCACAGCUGAAUCUGAGCCUGUCAAGGAGGCUGCUGUAACUGAAGCCUCUCCCAAUUUAGAAAAAGCAAAUGACAAUAUAGUCACCCCUGUGAAGCCUGAAGCUGCAGCUCCAUCUGUGCCAGAACAUGUUCCAUACCUGAUAAUUGGUGCAGGAACAGCCUCAGUAGCGGCUUUUAGGGCCAUCAAGGCAAAAGAUGCUAAAGCAAAGGUGCUUGUAAUCUCUGGUGAGGGUGAAGCUCCCUACAUGAGGCCACCCCUCAGCAAAGAGCUGUGGUAUAGUGAGGAGCCCGAAACGGCUACAAAGCUGAGGUUCAAACAGUGGAACGGGAAAGAAAGGAGGUUUGUUUUGUGGGAAGUUUAUGGUUUUCAUCUCCCUUCUUUUUUACAUAUUUUUUGCAAUUCUAACGGUGAAUUCGCUCUGAAAGGUCACAUGGCCGUCAAGCUGGAUGUGCACAAGAAACGCGUCUAUUUGGAUGAUGGGACUGAAAUUACAUACGACAAGUGCCUUAUUGCUACAGGAGGCAAACCCAAGUCCCUUCCCAUUCUGGACCGAGCUGGAGAAGAUAUUCAGAAGAGAGUUACCCUUUUCCGUGGCAUUAAGGACUUCCAGACUCUCCACAGCAUAGCGCAGGAAGGAAAGCACAUCACAAUUAUUGGUGGUGGAUUCCUGGGCUCAGAACUUGCCUGUGCAUUGGGUCACAAAGGAAAGACAAGCAAAGGGAAGGUGACACAGGUGUACCCAGAGUCAGGUAACAUGGGAAAAGUCCUCCCUGAAUACCUUUCCAAGUGGACCACUGAGAAGGUCAAGUCAGAAGGAGCUGACAUCAUCCCCAACUCCUAUGUUAAGGGCGUCAGCACCAAUGAUGAUGGCAAAGUGGUGUUAACUCUCAACACUGGAGUUGAACAUGUUACUGACCACAUUGUUGUAGCUGUUGGUCUGGAGCCUAAUGUCGAGUUGUCAAAGACCUCUGGACUGGAAGUUGAUGAUGUCCAUGGUGGUUUCCGAGUGAAUGCUGAGUUGGAGGCAAGGACUGACCUCUGGGUGGCUGGAGAUGCUGCCUGCUUUUAUGACAUCAAGCUUGGACGUAGACGUGUGGAGCACCAUGAUCACGCUAUUGUGUCAGGACGGUUGGCUGGUGAAAAUAUGACGGGCGUCGGCAAGCCAUACUGGCACCAGUCUAUGUUCUGGUCAGACUUGGGACCUGAUGUUGGCUAUGAGGCUAUUGGUAUUGUGGAUUCUUCCCUACCAACCGUAGGCGUGUUUGCUAAGGCCACCGAGAAGGACACUCCAAAGGCAGUGGUAGAAGCUACUGGAGAAGGCAUGCGGUCAGAAACUGAAAGUGCUGCAGAAAGUGGCACCAUAGCACAUUCCAGUGAGCCCCAUGCCCCUGUGUCUGGAGAGGAUUAUGGCAAAGGAGUUGUUUUUUAUCUGCGAGACAACAUUGUCGUAGGCAUUGUAUUAUGGAAUGUGUUCAACCGUAUGCCCAUUGCAAGGAAGAUCAUCAAGGAUGGCAAGAGUUACGAUGAUCUCAGUGAAGUGGCAAAGCUCUUCAGUUUGCAUUCAGAAUAGGGAUGCCAAUAGCUUUUCAGAUUGUUACUAUUUUUGACAUGGGUUCCUAAGAGUCAGUACUUUUUUUACAGUUGAACGUAAAUACCAGACAUUUAGAAAUGAACAAUGUUACUUGUAUAUAGAAUGAUACUAUGAAGUCAGCUACUGAACUAUGGCUUGUGUGCACAACAAGUUUAUUGAUAAAUUUUGUCUUUCCUUUCACUAAAUAUAAAACAUAGUCAUCCAAGAGACAGCAAAUGCUUGUGAAAUUCAAAAUCACUUAUUAACUUCACAGAAAGAUUGCACUUCAAGUUUGGUAUUUUCGCACAAUUCAAGUUUACAGACUGAAAGACUUCAUCUGAUAUCGCAUUAUGAUUGCAGAACUAAUGGUAUGGGGAGCUUCUUGCUAUUUCAUGAUUUUAAACUAUUGAUUGAUUCUUACACAUGUCAGAGCUGCAAGUGCAAAAGUUAAGCAGUAGUUUAAGUAAGUUGGAGUUAGAUAACAAACAGUUAUUUCCAAGGUGCCAUAGCUGCAGACACCAUAGAGGCAAACAGCUGGUUUUCAAAGCCAAAUCUUGAUUUACAAAGGAAAUUUUUAUAAAAUUUUGGUGAUAGAAUGAGCAAAACGGCGAUGCUUUUCAAUAUAGCAAUUUAGGAAAAUAAUGUGAAGUGGACAAUUAAGAAAUAUAUGAUAGUAUAUUUAUGGUUGAUUUUAGUAUAGUGGUUAGUGAUUAUUAUGAUUAUUAUUAAUGAUAUUAUAAUUAUUAUUAUUAUUAUUAUUAUUUUCAUCAUCAUUAUUGCUCAAAACAGAUUUAGUAGAAGGGGAAGUUAGUUGCAUUGUGAAUUAUGCGUAGAAACAUCCUAGUAAGAAAGGUAAAAGUCGUUGUUCUUAUGAUUUAUGCGACAGUAACUGGUCUGAAGGUUUGCUACAGUGCAUAAGUCUUCAUCAUUCCUAAGUGAACCAUAGUCAUUACCCAUUUACCUGAGGAUACCAUCUACAGGCUUGAUUGUAUCUUCAUCUUUAUCCCCCUUUUUUUAGGGAUGUAGUUAAAUGCUGAAAAGCAAUUCCAUGUUGACACGAUGGAAGAGGAACCCAUAGUGCAUCCAAACUGGUUUACUUGGAGAAGUAAAUUAGCAGUUUGGAAAUCAGGGACUUCUGUGCUUAUGAACGGUUCUUGGUUGACUUCUUACGGGUUCUGCCAACAUUGUGAGCAUUGAAUACAAUGAAAUGAAAGCCCAAAGUAUAUUUUAUGCCGUAAAAGUUAAAUACUGGAGUCUUUAAAAAAGAAGAAAAGUCCUGGAAAUGUUAAUGUUUGCCUGGCAUCUGAUGUUAGUGAGAGAUUCUUGUGAUUACCUAACACCCCUUCCUGCUUGCAAAGGAGGUAGGGGGAGUGUAUUGCAUGUUACUUUUCGUCUAUCAUUUUUCAUCUUGUGACACCAAGUCUUCCUCAAAAAAAGUUUAUUUGCCAUAAUUUUACUUGUUGAAGCAUUUGCCAAUGCUCAUUUGUGCGUGACACAAAAUCCAUCACAUGUGAGUUGUGUGUAAAUAAGAUAUUCUAUUGAACACAAAAAGCGGCACAUUGUACAUAGUGUAAGUGGCAUAAAAUAAAUGUUAGAUUCUUAGUACAAAGUAUUUUACUAA